AAAAAUCAUCCGAUUAUAUUACAUACAAUAGCAAGCAGCCUAGUUCAAUCAUAUCUCUGCUGCAAAGCCAAGAAACCAAGAAGCCAGGAAGCCAGGAAGCCAAGUAGCAAGCAAAGCAAAAUGACUGGUGGUAUUGGAUGCGUGCAGUGCGGAACGCGCAGCAACCCCUGCCGGUGCAAGGUGGUGGGCCCUACCUUGGGGGUCCUGGCCUUCGCCGUGGCGGCGAUCGUGGAAUGGCCUGUGGGGGCUGUUGUCUACUUGUUCCGCCACACGAAGGGUCGCCGAAUCAUGGGUCAUCCGUCCACUGUUGUUUACCCCAAGGUUUCUAAUUCCAUUCCCAUAUGAGUCCAUCAUCAUCUGGUGGCUGGUGCUGCUGCUUCUUUUCAUGCACUUGUAAUAGUAUCUAAUCCAUGGAAGCAACUCUUACCCCAAAGUACGGCUGCUCCUUUUGUCUGUUUUCCACUGGUUUUUAUUAAUUAAUUUGCACUUAUGAAUAAUUCUUAGGUUCAUU